UAUUUUUUCCAAAGAGAUCUGAGUCGGCCUAAUGAAACCCCAAAAUUCGUUUGUAGUGUCCUUUUCGAUUCGAUUCGCCACGGCCAGCCUACUUCAUAGCGUCCAUCAGGUAAUUGGUUGAUUGACUCCCUGAAUUGCUUCCAAGCUAUUUCAUCAUCUGGAAUGGUCAAUCCCGGAUCUCGAAUACCAAUAGUCUCUAGGUUCCAAAAAUCUUUUUCCUCUACUUUUUCAGUAAUUUCUCCAACUGCCGACAUUACGUAUUGUGUUUCAUCUUGUAUCUCAGCUUCCUUUAUUUUCGCUCUGCCGCAGAUUAUAGGUCCUACUUUUGUGCGGAGCAAGAAUCUCUGGUUGGAUAAAUUUUCAAUAUUUUCUAAGAGUUUUAAGACGUCAGACAAUCCAAAAAGUAUGUCAGGAGUGCGUUGCUUUACUUCGAUUUCUUUAUCAUCGUGUAACCAAAAUUCCCUUGGAUCACUGGGACAAUAGAUUUUCAUUUGAUCUAAGUUGGGUGUAGUAUAC